AUGGCGGAGGACAGGGUGAGCGCAGAAGUCAUGGUGUCCGAGAUCCACAGCAGGAUCUCUGCAGCUUUUGGAGCGUUUGACCAUGAGUCCAACAAAACCGUGGACGUCAGGGAGAUCGGCACCGUCAUCCGCUCUCUGGGCUGCUUCCCCACCGAGGCAGAGCUCCAUGACAUUAUAGCCGAGGUGGAGGAGGACCGUAUAGGAUACAUCCACUUUGACAGGUUCCUCCCAGUUAUGACCAAAGUUCUGCUGGAGCGCAGGUUCCGCCCCAUACCUGAGGACCUCCUGCUCCAGGCCUUUGAGGUCCUGGACCAACAGAAGAAGGGAUACUUAGAGCCCGAGGAGCUGACAAAGUUCAUGACACAAGAAGGUGAGCCCUUCACCCAGCAGGAGAUGGAGGAGAUGCUGUCGGCAGCCGUGGACCCCGAGAAGAACGUUAUCUACUAUAAAGACUUUAUCAGCAUGAUGACCUUUGACACUGAUGCAUAGAC